UUUGAGUUAGCUGAGAGAAAAAGACCCGAGCUUUAAUCCCAGGCCUAACUCUGAAACUCUAAGUCUUCAGAUUCUGGCGAUUACUCGCCGAAAAGUACCCGAUUCCGGCUGAAAUGGUGGCCGCGAGCUCGCCGGACUGGCUCCCCGCCGGCUGGAGCGUCCAAUUUAGAGCCCAGAACCGUGGUCGCCGAAGUGUGAUUUACAUCGAGUUGGAAACCGGGAAGAAGUUCUUCUCCAAGGACGAUGUUAUACGGUAUACUAAAAAGACCACCAACUGUGGUGAAGAGCCCAAGCCUACAAAUACCAAAAACCCCUCCAGUAAAAGUCAUUUGCAGGUGGUAGCAAACACAGUUGAAUAUCCUGAAUGGUUGCCAGAUGGCUGGAAAGUCGAAUUGAGAACUCGAAAAUCUGGUGUGCAAGUUGGAAAGGAGUACAAGUGUUACAUUGAUCCGUCAAGGGAAUGUACAUUUUAUUCUAAGCCAGAGGUAUUUCGACACCUGAGAACCGUAAAGCGCAAGAGCUACAAAUCCAGAAGUCACAAAACGGUAAACCGCAAAAGAUGCAUUAUCAAAACCAAGACCGUCACUGCCAUGCACUUCCCAAGCAAAGUGUUGGUGUUAGGGCACCACUUAAUUGCAAAGGUUGUGGUUGAGAAGCAUAAUGUGGAAGAUUUACCGCCAGGGUGGAUAUUGGAGAUCAAAGUUAGAAAGGUUGCAAAUCGAAUAAGAAGAGAUCCGUAUUACACUGAUCCAGUGCAUGGAUAUAUCUUCCGUUCCAAAAAGGAUGUUAUCCGCUACCUACAAACUGGAGAGACCAGUAAACAUACAAUCAAACCAAAGAGCAUGUGCACCAAUGAUCUAAAGUUGACUGAUGAUGAAAUUGCACUGUCAUCUGCAACUAAAAAGCAAAAAUUGGAGCACCCUGUCACCAGGCGGCAGCUUUCUGAAGCUAAAACGAGUUCUGAAUCGAGUGGCCUAGACUUGCAAGAAACAAAAAGCUCCAAAUUGCAAGAGAUGGCCACUGAAAGCAUAUCUGCUAUGGCUCCAAUUACUGAGGUGUUCCUGGAGAAGCAUUUCAUUGAAAAUCUGGUUGAAGAUUGUGUAGAAACUAAGGGAGAAUGUUCCCCAAGCUGGUCAUCACACCCAAAAGCUGAACCCUCUAGCAAACAUGUGGGUAAAAGGUCAUCACAACGACUAGCUGCACUCUCUAACAAACGUGAGGCUAAAAAGUCCAAGUACCAAGACCAGAGGGUAAAUGUUGCUUUGGCUCCGACAGCCGAGGUUGUCCCACAUAAGCAUUUAAGUGAGAGUGUGGUUGUAAAUUGUGCCAAAACCAAGGAGGAUUGUUCUACAAGCAAGUUAUUGCAGCCAAAAGCAGAGAUCUCCAGCAAGUGUGAAGAAAAAACUGCAUUGGUUGGUGGUUCCUCAACAGAUCCUGGCAAAUUGAAUUUUUCUGAAGAUGACCCUGCUUUGACUCCCACUGCUAACACCUUAAAUACGGACUCACAUAUGAGUUGGAUGGAAAAGAGCAACUCCAGGAGAAUCCAAACAGAUGCAAGAAAUUCAAAAAAGAAGGAAAACCUUGAUUUGCCUCGUCGGUCCUCAAAACGACUUGCUGGGUUUGAACCAGAGUCGGUAAAUAGCCUGGUUUCCACUGUAAAGGCUCUUCAAUUUGCAACUAGGAAGCCUAGUAAAGGUGGUCAGAGUCCAGAUGCAGGUUUGGCUUCAGAUGAUUUUGUAAAUAGAGCAUCUCAGCAGAUUGGACAUGCAUCGGAAACAGAAGUUGUACAUCAUAUUAGAACUGAAAUAGUAUCUACAGUACAAGGAGAGUCAUUGAGUGAGGUCAAGAGGCCAUUUGAUAGUCUUGAACUACUGCCUGUAGAUACUUUGGUUUCCAAUGAUCAAACUCUUCACCUUGCAACUGGAAAGUCAAGUAGAGCUGAUGCCAACCAAGAAAUGGGUUUCACUUCAGAUGAUAAUAUCAAUGGAGUAUCUCUGCAACUUGGGGCUGCAUUAGAACCAGAGGCUUUACAUGAUAUGUUAACUGACAUAAACUCUACUGCACAUGGAGAGUCAUCAAACAAGGGAAAGACGUUUCUUGGUGACAAAGCAAUUCCUGAAGAGCAACAUCAUAGACUGGAAGCUGAGAACAUGUUAGGUGAGAAGCCCGGACCAGAGCUCUCCUUACUGUUCGGGUCCGACCCAUGCUUAGAAUUCGCCUUCAAAACCCUUACUGGGGAAUUGCCGAUAGCUGAUGGUGUGGAUAAAGAACCUUUUCUGAAAGCUGCAGCUGAUACUGUGCAAAAAGAGAACUCACUUGAAAAUGGGAGCUGCAGUAGGAAAACAAGGCAAAGUUCAAACAAAUCUAAGAAAACUAAAGAACUAAAGUUGCCUCGUCGGACUUCGAAACGGCUGGCUGGGGUUGAACCUGAGCUGCUAGCCAAACCAUUGUCCAGUGAAACAGUUCUUCGAAAUGCAACAGCAAAGUCUUGUAGAAGUAAACCGCUCCAAGCUGUAGAUUCUGCACAUGAAGCACCUCAACAGUUUGAGGCUGGUCAAGAGAACAAGGUUGCUCAUGAUUCGUGUACUACUGUAAGUCCUUCAAUUGAUGAGGAACCAUUGAACAAGAUUGAGAGAUCUCUCAAGGACCAAGCUGUUCCUGAGGAGAAACCCCGGCAGUUGGAAAUUGAGAAGGCAGCUGUCGAGAAUCCAGUGUCACAGUUUUCAUUCCCUUUUCUGGAUACUUGGUCUGAUCCAUGCCUUGACUUUGCAUUUAAGACCCUUACCGGUGAAAUUCCGAUAGAUGAUGAUUUGUUUCAGGGUUACUUUGAGGAAAACCUUGUCACCUCUCACAACCAGAGAGAUAGCAUGGCACUGCCAGAUUUUGGCUCACCUAACUUUUUCCCAAGUGACAUAUCCCCUCAGUUCAAUGCACCAGAACAAUCUACCUCGGGCCAACUAUUUCCCAUGAAUACUACUUUGCCACCUGCCGGAAAUGUGAGUGUGUCAGAUUGCAAUGGGGUGGGAUUCGGCCAACAGUUAUCCAUGAGUUCUUCAUUUCUGCCUGCGGGAAAUUUGAGAAUUUCAGGUGGCAGUGGUGUUGGUUCCUGUCAACAUUUAUCCGUGAAUACUUCAUUCUCGCCCUCAGGAAAUGUAGGCCUACCAAAUUGGAGUGGGGUUGGUGCACAGAACCCUUGCUUAGGAUGCAACAAGGAGUUUCAUGGAAAGGUGAAGUCCUGAACGAAAGGUAGCUCCUUUGUGUAAUAUUUGACAGCCUCCAGUCCUUUAUACUCUUAGAAACCUGUUAGCUCACUUAGCUGUAUGUCUCUUGUGCUGUAGUUAUAAAAUCGGUCAGAAUGUAACUUUAUUUUGUAAAAUGUGUCGGGUACCGGAAUUUUUCCAUGUAUUUAAAACUGAACUGCUGUAGGUACUGACAGAUAAAUGGAUAUUGGUGCUGUUAAUGAAAACUUAUUUAGGCUGUUGAGAGUU